UGUUUCAUAAAGUUAAUAUAGUUUGUAGUGUUGGAGGAAAAAAGAAAAAAAUGUUGAAGAAAGUGUUACAGCCCUCAGAUGACAUUGAUAUUCAUGAUUUGCUAGUAAAAAGAUGUCGUUUCCAGUUGGACAGGUGGUGUGAUCUUGGUUCGAGACUAGGGCUAAGAAAAGGGACAUUAGAUGUCAUUCGCUGGAAUAAUUCUACUGCAUCUGAAUGUCUGCUUGAUUGCUUGUCUAAAUGGCUACAUAGAGCUGAUGAUGUUGAUGAGAGAGGAGGAGCUACAUGGGAUUCAUUGUCAGAUGCUCGACGAUCUUUGGGGUUUUUUGAUGCAGCUACUGAUUUAGAUAGAGAAAAGCGUCCUUUUCUGGCUAUUUUUGAGAACCAAUGUAGAUCUAUGAAUCUUUCUGAAGAUUUUUCUGAUAUAGUGGCAGAACUUCAAGAAAAGCAAGUAAUAUCAAAAGAUUUAGCAUCAAGUAUGCAGGAGUCAAUGGAUGGCUAUGCUCGAAGUAAUGCCCUGAUUUCUGCUCUCGAAGAAGCUAUUAAAGAGGAUAGAAAAGCUCUUCAAAUUUUUGCUUCUAUUUUAUAUACGAUUCCUCAAUUUAAAUAUGAGGAAGACCGGAUACUUAAAAAUUAUAACAAUGAAGUGGUCAAAGAACUUUUAAGUGAUGAGAAACAUGAUAGUGCAAGCAGCGGUGCAAUCACACCUACAAAUCUAGUUGAAAUUCCAGUUGGAAAAAGUAUCACUAAACAAACUGAAUUAAUAAGAAAAUCUUAUGCAAGAAUGGUGUGUAAAGUUCAAGCUGCUACAGCGAAACAGAGUCCUGAUGUUGGCAUCUUAAAAACUCUUGUCAAAGUACGCAGGACUGAUCUAGCAUCGAAAUUAACCAGAUGUGGAACAUACGAUUCUAUAUUAAAUCUGAUUGAAGAAGAGUGCUGUUCAUUAGUAGAUAUUGAAAUGUUAGAGUUUGUAGUUGAGGAAAUAGAUAUUGUAGAAGCUGUAGAAAGCAUUGAACGCUAUAAGGAAUACCUAAAUAAGUCUUGUGUCUUUAUUUCUGAUAGUCUUAAUUUGAAGGAAACGUUUGCAUCUGCAAAGACUGAUUCUCUUCAAUUUGAAGCAGCUACUUAUGUAUUCGACUGGCGGCCUAAAGGACAAACUUUUAAAGACAUCUACAAUGUUCUUAUUAAGGUAUCUGGUAAAGAAGUGGUUGUUAAGUAUGUCUAA